AUGUCCAGCGAGGAAGCGGCAAAAAAAAACAGUGUAGUAGUGAAGGUUGGCAUGGUCGGUGAUUCUCAGAUCGGCAAAACAAGCUUAAUGGUCAAAUAUGUGGAAGGCUCCUUUGACGAAGAUUAUAUUCAAACUUUAGGUGUUAACUUUAUGGAAAAAACAAUUUCCAUAAGAAACCAUGAGAUCACAUUUAGUAUAUGGGAUCUCGGAGGUCAACGUGAAUUCGUAAAUAUGCUUCCUUUGGUAUGUAAUGACGCCGUUGCGAUACUCUUCAUGUUUGAUUUAUCGAGAAAAUCCACAUUGAAUAGUAUUAAAGAAUGGUAUAGACAAGCUAGAGGAUUUAAUAAAACUGCCAUUCCUUUUCUCAUCGGAACAAAAUAUGAUCAGUUUGCAAACUUCCCCAAAGAAGAACAGGAGGAGAUUACAAAACAGGCUCGUCGUUUUGCCCGUGCUAUGAAAGCCUCUUUGAUAUUUUGUUCAACAUCCCAUUCCAUUAAUGUGCAAAAGAUUUUCAAAAUAGUUCUUUCAAAGGCUUUUGACCUCAAAUGUACCAUCCCAGAAAUUAAAGAG